CCUGCCACCCUCCACCCGCCGGGGGCUCUCCUACCUCGCCAUGCCGCCGUGGGGCGCCGCCCUCGCCCUGCUCCUGGCCGCGCUCGCACUGCUUGGCCUGCUGGCCCCGCGGCUGCGGCGCGCCGUCGGAGCGAGGACUCUGCCGGGAGCCCGCGGCCAGGACCACGAGAAGGAGGCGGACGGCCGAGGGGCCGCGGCCCCAUUCAGCGACGGACGGGAGCCGCUGCCCGGCGGGUGCAGGCUCCUCUGUAAACCGUCGGCGCUGGCCCAGUGCCUGCUGAGCGCCUUGCGACGCUCGACUGCGCUGGAGCCGCGCCCGCGCUCCUGGCUCUCGGGGCCCCACCUGCAGACCCUCUGCCACUUCGUGCUGCCGGUAGGGCCGGGGCCUGAGCUGGCCAGGGAGUACCUGCAGUUAGCGGACGACGGGCUGGUGGCCCUGGACUGGGUCGUGGGACCUUGUCCCCGGGGCCGGCGGGUCACCAACGCCGGCGGCCUCCCCGCGGUGCUGCUGGUGAUCCCCAAUGCAUGGGGGCGCCUCACUCGCAACGUGCUCGGCCUCUGCCUGCUCGCCCUGGAGCGCGGCUACUACCCGGUCAUCUUCCACCGCCGCGGCCACCACGGCUGCCCGCUGGUCAGCCCCCGGCUGCAGCCUUUCGGGGACCCGUCCGACCUCAAGGAGGCGGUCACUUACAUCCGCUUCCGACACCCGGCGGCCCCUCUGUUCGCGGUGAGCGAGGGCUCGGGCUCGGCGCUUCUGCUAUCCUACCUGGGUGAGUGCGGCUCCUCCAGCUAUGUGACCGGAGCCGCCUGCAUCUCGCCCGUGCUGCGCUGCCGCGAGUGGUUUGAGGCCGGCCUGCCCUGGCCCUACGAGCGGGGCUUUCUGCUCCACCAGAAAGUGGCCCUCAGCAGGUACGCCUCGGCCCUGCAGGACACCGUGGACACCCACAGACUGUUCAGGAGCCGCUCCCUGCGCGAGUUUGAGGAGACCCUCUUCUGCCACACCAAGAGUUUCCCCAUCAGCUGGGACACCUACUGGGACCACAACGACCCCCUCCGGGACGUGGAUGAAGCCGCUGUGCCUGUGCUGUGUAUCUCUAGCGCCGACGACCCUGUGUGCGGGCCCCCAGACCACUUUCUGCCCACGGAACUGUUUCACAACAACCCCUACUUCUUCCUCCUGCUCAGUCACCACGGAGGCCACUGCGGCUUCCUGCGCCAGGAGCCCUUGCCAGCCUGGAGCCAUGAGGUCAUCUUGGAGUACUUCCGGGCCUUGACUGAGUUCUUCCGAACGGAAGAGAGGAUGAAAGGGCUGAGCAGGCACCGGGCUUCGUUCCUGGGGGGCCGGCGUCGCUGGGGAACCCUGCAGAAAAGGGAGGCCUCUCCCUCUUCCAAUCUGGACGAGAUCUUUAGCUGGAAGCGAUCGUAUACGAGGUGAGACCUGUCCCAAGAACAGAGCUGGGCAUGCCACGAGUCCUGAAACGGCCGUGAGGACGGAAGGGGGCCUGCAGCUGGAGGCCUUUGCCGCUGAUUCGGCCCCCUCUCUCCUAGACUGGUCUGUGGAAAGACAUGGAACUUCCAGCAAGCUGGUGCUCACUUUACCCUGAGAACACUCCUGCCCCAGGCUUUGCUCAACACAUUCCAGCUCUUCCUGGUCCGCAGCUGGGCUGUCACUGUCACGCUCUCCAGUCACCGACCUCCUAAGCCAAAGAAUAGCACCCUUUGAGUCUAUGGACUCGAGAAAAUGCUCUGUCCCUAGCGAGGACCCUAGAGAAAAUGGGUGUAUGUGCGUCAUCGGGAAGCUCUGUCCCACAUAAAUAAUCAGCCCUCCGACCCUGAUUCUCAAGCUGGAGCCACUCAGUGUCGGGAGGACAGGAUGUUUGUGUCUCAGUCCCACUUCCCUCAUUCGGUUCUGUGGUUGUGGCACUCUGCUGACUUCAUGCUGCGGCCGCCGUGGAAGCAGCCUCCUAGAGCCGCGGGGCUGCGUCAGUCUUGCGUGAGUGUGCGAAAGGCGGCCGAGGCAGUAAGUGCGGUGCCGAGGCUGGGCUGGUGAGGACCUCAAGGUACAGAGUGUGUCCGUCGUCUGCAAGCCUGAGGUCUGGUCUUCCAGACCAGUCCUGCGGAUCUUGGUUGGGCUGAUCCGGGGCUUCAGGCUAGGGUUUCAAGCCUAGGGAGAUCUUCAGGAUGAUUUUAGGAAGAGGGAGUCCUCGCACACAGGGUCCGCCAGCCUCUGGGGCACUCUGGCUGCUCCCUCCAGUACCGUUCCUGGAGAUUACUCCAGAAAGUCCUAACCAGGGCUGGUUUUCUUCUGCCGUGCGGGCUUCUCCUAGGUGGUGAAGAGUAUAAACCUGCUAUCCUUGGUGUUUUCUGGGUCGUUGCCCUCUUUUCUGACACUACUUCUAGCCUCUUCCUUUCCAGAGCCUGGAGAGACAUCUGGGACCAGAGAAAACAAAAGUGCAAGAGGUUGGCAAGCGCUUACUCAGUGACAUGAAUAUUUCACAUUACCAUGCUUUUUCUGCUCAAUUUAUUCAAAAGGCUAUCCGUGUCAAUGUAGAAAAGGCUUCUUCCUGGAUCUGGCCACUCAGGGGCUGGUUUUAUGGUGUUUGGUUUUGUGAGGAAUAAUGCUGAAGAUCAGUAAAGCAAAGCAUGGCAUGGAUUGAUCCCCACAUCCUGGUUUCAAUUAGGCCAUUAAACAUUAUCAUAGGACAUCUAGUUCUAGGUGUUGCUACGAAGUUUUAUUUUAAUUUGUCAUCAAGAAAGAAGACACCUGUUAUAACAGGAAGCUCCCUCCUGGCCUCACAAACAGCAAACCAAUUUUAAAGAGGAGAGAUGUUAUCAAAAGCCAUGUCCUGUGGCUCGGUAUGAGGAAUUCCAGGGGCCAUAAUUUCAGGUUUGGAUAAUCUUAGUCCAACCAUGUUCUAGAUCAAAUAGGCAGAAACUAGGGCGCCUGGGUGGCUCAGUGGUUAAGCAUCUGCCUUCGGCUCAGGUCAUGA